GCCGCGGGCGGGGUUCCUGCGACUCGGCCCUCCCUCCCGGCCGGCCACCUCGGGUGUCCCCAGCCCCCCUUCCACGUGGACGGGCCAGGGUGGAGGUGGGGGACAGGAAGAGGGGGAGCCAGCGCUGGGAAGAGGAGGGGAGGCCUCCGCCUCGCCUCUCCAAGCCCACGUCCGCGCCAGCACCAUGCAACCCGCGGGCCGCCCGGGCCGGCUGCCCCUGCUGCAGGCCCUGCUGGCGCUGCAGGCCGUGGGGAGGGCGCUGGGCCGCGCCAGCCCGGCCGGGGGCCCCCUGGAAGACGUGGUGAUUGAGAGGUACCACAUCCCCAGGGCCUGUCCCCGCGAGGUGCAGAUGGGGGACUUCGUGCGCUACCACUACAACGGCACUUUCGAGGACGGCAGGAAGUUUGACUCCAGCUACGACCGCAGCAGCCUGGUGGCCAUCGUGGUGGGCGUGGGGCGGCUGAUCACGGGCAUGGACCGCGGGCUCAUGGGCAUGUGCGUGAAUGAGCGGCGGCGCCUGGUGGUGCCCCCGCACCUGGGCUACGGCAGCAUCGGCGUGGCGGGGCUCAUCCCCCCCGACGCCACCCUGUACUUCGACGUGGUGCUGGUGGACGUGUGGAACAAAGCGGACACGGUCCAGGUGAGCGUUCUGCUGCGGCCGCCGCUCUGCCCGCGCAUGGUGCAGGCCGGUGACUUCGUGCGCUACCACUACAAUGGCUCCCUGCUGAAUGGCGUCCCCUUCGACAGCAGCUACAGCCGGGGCGGCACCUAUGACACCUACGUGGACUCUGGCUGGCUGAUCAAGGGCAUGGAGCAGGGACUGCAGGGCAUGUGUCCCGGAGAGAGGAGGAGGGUCACCAUCCCUCCGUUCCUGGCCUAUGGCGAGAAAGGCUACGGUCCCAUGCCCUCCACAGGGACCGUGAUCCCCCCACAGGCCUCCCUGGUCUUCCACAUCCUGCUGGUAGAUGUCCACAACCCCAAGGACACGGUCCAGGUGGACACGCUGGAGCUCCCGGCCGGCUGUGUACGGAAGGCAGUGCCUGGGGACUUCAUGCGGUACCACUACAACGGCUCGCUGAUGGACGGCUCGCCCUUCGACUCCAGCUACUCACGGAACCACACAUACGACACCUACAUCGGGCAGGGCUACAUCAUCCCGGGCAUGGACCAAGGCCUGCAGGGCGCAUGCAUGGGCGAGCUACGCAGGAUCACCGUGCCCCCCCACCUGGCCUACGGGGAGAACGGCACCGGAAACAAGAUCCCGGGCUCCGCCGUGCUCAUCUUCCAUGUGCUCAUCGUUGACUUCCACAACCCCUCCGACCCCGUGGGCAUCGAGACCCUGUUGAGACCCUCGGAGCCCUGCAACAAGACCUCCAAGCUCGGGGACUUCAUUCGCUACCACUACAACUGCUCGCUGAUGGAUGGCACCAGGCUGUUCUCCUCCCACGACUUCGCGGCCCCCCAGGAGGCCACGCUGGGGGCCAACAAGGUGAUCGAGGGCCUGGACAGGGGCCUGCAGGGCAUGUGUGUGGGGGAGCGGCGGCGGCUGGUGGUGCCCCCGCACCUGGCGCACGGCGAGAGCGGAGCCCGCGGGGUGCCUGGCAGUGCCGUGCUGCUCUUCGAGGUGGAGCUGGUGUCCCGGGAGGACGGGCUCCCCGACGGCUACCUCUUUGUGUGGCACAAGGACCCUCCUAGCAGCCUGUUUGAAGACAUGGACCUCAACAAGGACGGAGAGGUCCCCCCGGAGGAGUUCUCCUCCUUCAUCAAGGCUCAGGUGCAGGAGGGCAAGGGCCGCCUGCUGCCCGGGCAGGACCCCGAGAAGACCAUCGGGGACAUGUUCCGGAACCAGGACCGCGAUCAGGACGGCAGGAUCACGGCCGCAGAACUGAAGCUGAAGUCGGACGAGGACCAGGAGCGCCUCCACGAGGAGCUCUGAGCCGCGUCACGGAGGGACAGCGGCAGCGGGACUGACCUGCCGCAGCGCCCCCUGCCGGGCGGCUCAGGACGCAGGAGAGGUGGUGCCAAAGCGGGGCCCCGCCCUGACGGGGGUCGCCAGCGCGCAGUUGCGCUGUGGGGCAGGCCCUGGACCCUGUCACCGGGCUCUUGGCAGGGUGCGGCCACGCCCCGCCCCGUGGCGGCGCCAGGGCCCGGCUCCUGGGAAAGGGCUGCUGGGCUCCACCGGCCCCUGCUCCCCUCCCUCUGGACCCCAGAUUAGGCUGGGGUCCCCACCCCUGGUCUUCCCCGCUCACCGAGUCUCCCAUCUCCAGGAACCCAGAAAGGUGCUGAGGGCAGAAAAAGCCUUCGCAGAGGCCUAGGCCACGGAGAGAAACCUCCCCGUGGAGCUCUGCACACUCAAGGGCAAACCGUGCCCGCUCCCUUCCCGGUGUCAAAUAAAAGGUUAAACCACA